AUGUCGUUCAACUCGAGACACAUAUCGAAGGCCGGUGCGCGGAUCAUGGAGCAACUGGCGCACCCGACGCCCGGGGUCGCUCGGAAGCGCGAGUUGGAGGCGUUACGAGCGGUCCCUUCCUUCCUGAGACCGGACUUGCCGCGGGUGAUGGACCCGGCGAAGCGGUACAGGACACCGCAAGAGUGGCUGUUCAUGCCGGGGGACCGUGUUGUGAUCAUGAGGGGUCCCUGUAGGGGCAACAUCGCCGUGGUGAGGGAGCACGACCGCAACACGAACGGAUACCUGCUGGACGAGAGUGGUCCACAAAGGACCGUUGUCGUUCCAAGAGAGUUCUGGCAGGAGGGACAGGAGUCGCACGUUGUAGCGAUGCCCCAGGCUCUGAGGAGGCAGGAUCUGCGGUUAGUAGCAGAGAUCGAGUCCCCUCAGGACGAUGGGAAGUUGCGCACCGUCGCAGUGGACAAUGUCAUGUUCGAGGGGGAGUACUACGACAAGUGGUACCGUCGGAAGAUGCCCUACCGAUGUGUGUUUGGACAGCGGGACCUGGUGAUCCCUUGGCCGCGGCCGGAACCGCAGGAGACGGGCACCUUAGGAACUGAUCCUGGUGUCGCUCGAGAACAGUCUUUCUGGGUGGACUCUCUCGUGCGCGGACCCAUCCCAUCUGCUGCUCUAGCGACAGUGCGCAACCCGCACUCGAAGUACAGACGUGGGAAGCUUACGCCGCGGGACAUCAAGCGGCUUGUCGCUCCGGAGAUGCCCGCGAUGCCCGCGAUGCGACAACGCAAGAACUCAUCGCAACACAAGAAGCAAAUGAUCACAGACGAGGACAUCGAGCUGAUCGGUUCUCGCGUGCAGCAAUUCCUCGAGUCCCAGACAACGACGACACCAAAAUGA